AUGUCAUCUGCCUCGUCCUCAGAUUGUGAAGACAAAGACACUGCUACUAAGUCGCGAGGCAAUCUCCAGGAUGAGGAGGGUUUAGAUUGGCUGAAGCCACGUACACUUUUAGUUCCUGAUGACCAAGAAGAUGUUCCAGACGCGGAUCUGGAAGAAGAAAUUGGUCGCAUUCUAACGACCAUCAACCCACAAUGGGUCGCAGAUGAGGUUGCCUAUCAUUACGGACAAGCCAAAUUCGUUGUGAAACCCAAACCAACUUUUGGAAAAGCAUAUCCUCUAUACGUCUACCAAGGAACUGCUAUACGGAAGGAUUCUGAUGAAGCAAAAGCCCAAAUAGCAGCUGGCUACGGUAAAGUUGGGUUUGAUGACGCUGGGCCCAAAAGAGCUAAGGUCAAAAAGUCUACUACUGAAAUGGAGGAAGAAGAAGAGCCUGAAGCUGAACCUCCACCACAGGAAGAAGUUAAAGAGGAGGAGGCACCUGAUGAAGAAAAGGCCAAAGAAGAGGGUGGCGAAGACCAAGAAGGAGGUCAGGCUGAUGCUGCGGCUGAUGAAGAAACAGAAGCUGUUGCUGAUGAAGGAGCCGCAGAGGAACAAGUACCUGAGGAUGCAGGUGAAGCUGGUGAAACACACGUAGAAGAAGUUCUCGAGAUAAAACCGCGAGUUAAAAAGCUUGCCAAUCAGUUCAACUUCUGCGAAAGAGCCGCAUUAACUUACAAUUUCCCUAGAAGGUCUGUCGACACACAAACGGUUCCACCGCCACGGGCAAAUUAUGGUGCUACCUGCCUUCAGAGUAUAAUAUUUGAUUUCUAUCAAGAAGAUUACGCUAGAAAACAGCGUGAAAAAGAAGAAGAAAAACCAAAAAGGUUGCGUAAGAAAACAGCUAAGCAUGUCAAAUCGGCACAACAAAUUCACGAUGAGCAACUUGCUCAACGUAUCCGUGAAGCGUGGACGAUUCUCGAAAGAUUGGUCAAUCAAAAUAUUUACGAUGAGAUUGCACAAGAUUACAGAUAUUGGGACGAUCCAUCCGACGAGUUUCGUGAGGGCAUGGGAUCGUUGCUGCCACUGUGGAAGUUUCAGUUUGAACCCAUGCGUAGUCAUGCUGUUUGUGACGUGCAGUGGAAUCCUCAUUACCAGGAUUUGUUCGCAGUUGCCUAUGGUUCUUUGGAUUUUACUCAACAGCAAAAAGAAGGAUGUCUAUGCCUCUACAGUAUCAAGAAUCCCGCGUUCCCAGAGUACUCCGUGAUUACUGAUUCCCCUAUCAUAUGUCUGGAUGUUUAUAAAGAAACACCUUAUCUUAUUUGCAUUGGUCGCUAUGAUGGCAAUGUAUGCGUAUACAAUGCACAAUUAACAUUGGAAUCUUCAUAUCAAUACAAGUCUGAUUCUGUGAGGGAUAAACACAGCAAUAUUGUAUGGGAAAUUAAAUGGGGUGCACGUAUGAUCGAUGGCGAGGCAUCGUUCUUUUCAAUAUCUGGAGACGGUCGCGUGGUGCAAUGGGCAGUGAUGCCGGGAGAGCUGCAGGCCACGACUAUUAUCACGCUUCACUCCAGUGUGCCACCCAUCCCUGGCCCGGAUGGCACUUUGCUCACUGUUAACAGCUGCGGCAGCUGUAUCUGCUUCCACCCGGAGAAGGCGGACAUCUUCAUGGUGGGCACGGAGGACGGGAUGAUUCACACGUGCUCGCUCAAGUACAACCGGAACUACGUGCGCUCCGUGCAGGGCCACCACAUGCCCGUGUACAGGAUACAUUACAACAACUACAACAACACCAUCUACGCGUCUUGCUCUGGUGACUGGCGGGUGAAGAUUUGGGAGGACGGACGAGACGAGCCGCUGUUCAUGUUUGAAUUGGGAUCACCAGUCGGCGACGUGAAGUGGGCGCCUUACUCCAGCACAGUGUUCGCCGCCUGCACAGCUGAUGGAAAGGUGUAUGUUUAUGACUUGAACGUGAACAAGUAUCGGCCGAUAUGCGUGCAAGCAGUGGUCUCCAAGAAGACCAAAAAGCUAACCAGAGUCGACUUCAACCCCCGACUGCCGGUCAUUGUUUGUGGAGACACCAAAGGUACCUGUCACGUAGUAAAAUUAUCGCCCAAUUUGAGAGUCAUGUGCAAACCACCUAAGAAGGCACAAGUAUCGGAUCAAAGAACUUUACAGAUUAUGAAACUUGACAAACUGCUGAGUUUAGUGCGUGACCCACCAUUCCAAACAGGAGUAGUUGACGAGAAAUUUGAUGACGACUAAAUAUAAAUAAAUAUAAUUAAAUUAACAUCAUUAAAUAAAAUGUAAUCAUGUUUAAUUAUUUUAUUUUAUUUGGUAGUAGACAUUACAAUACUCGUGUAUUUUAUUGAAUAUUUCUAAAUAAAACGAAAUAUUUAUUGUUAAUUUUGUUUUAUUAAUUAAUAAAGCUUUAAAAUAAAUUGCUUCAUAAAUAUUUUAUUCAUAAUAUUAGGUAUUAUAAAGGCAUAUUGUUGUGUAACGUAUUAUAUAUUAUUUUCAGACAGAAUAUACUUAACUACUUAUUGAUUUAUUU